UUUCGCCCCCCUCCCCCUCUUGAAACUGACCAGGCCAGGUGAGAUGGCUUCUGCACCUGUGAAGAUCGUGUCUCUGUUUGAGGAGUCGGUUUGUAAGGAGUUGUUUGACGGUGUCAGACUUGCGCGGACUGACAUUGAAGAUGCUGGGGCAAUGCCAUCCGACAACGUUCAGGAGAAAGUUGAAGACGCAACAGAAACCUUGCAGCCCAAAGUUCACCAAGUGUCGGACCGACGGAUGUGCUCCUCCUGCAACAUUGUGUUUUCUUCUCGUGAGGAACAGGUCCUACACUACAAGUUGGACUGGCACAGGUUCAACCUGAAGCAGAGGAUCAUGGGAGCAGAGCCUGUCUCUGAAGAGAAAUUUGAAACAAUUUCUGGUGAUGUAUCCAGUAUCUCAGGGUCUGACACUGAAGAUGAGGAAUCUGAGAAGACAGCAGAAACUCAACGCUCAGCGUCUCCAAGUCACAGUAAAACCAAGACUGACCCUGAGGAAAAUACAGACACUAAGGAUGGGAAAGGAAGACGGUCAGCAAAAGUGUUCUUCAAGAACGGCACAGGAGAGAUCUUCUCUGUGUAUCGAUGUCUUCUCCAUGGCAAAAAAGAUGCUCCUGACAGUGAAGAUGACCUGGUUUCGAUAGCGACGACCCUACCAACCCUCUCCAACUGGACCAUACUGAUGAUAGCAGGAGGACACUUUGCUGGGGCAGUCUUUAAUAAAUCAGAGUUGGUGAUACACAAGACGUUCCACCAGUACACGGUCCGCGCCAAACGGGGGACGGCACAGGUGCUCAGGGACUCCAAACAGGGUGGCGGUCACCCAAAGUCAGCAGGAGCUAACUUGAGGAGAUACAACGAAGCAGCCUUAAAUGAGGACAUUAGGCAACUGCUGGUCUCCUGGUCUGUCCACCUGAAGUCGUGCCAUAAGAUCUUCGUGCGAGCUCCCAGCUACAACAAGGCCACCUUCUUCGGUGGGAAGGACGCUCCGCUGGACAGGAACGAUUCCAAGGUCAUCACGGUGCCCUUCGCGACCAGACGGCCGACCUUGAAAGAGGUCACCAGGGUCCACGAGGAGUUGGCUACAAUUGAGCGCUAUGGUGCUGAUUGCAAAAUGAGAGAUCUACCCCACAAAUCCCCAUCCCGAACCAUCCCCAGAAACCCCGGCAGGGAAUCGCCCAAACGUCUGCAGAACGCCAAGAAAAAGGCUGAGACAAACGACCCAGGUUCUGAAUCUGACGGGAAACAGACGAGAAGACCAAAGAGCGGCGGUGGGAAGCAAAAGAAAGGUCAGCAGGCUGAGGCCAUGGAAGAUGAAGACUGUGGUCGGGACAAGAACAGGGGACCAAAACAGCCAGAUCCAGAAUGUCUUGGAAGUUCCAGUGAUGACAACCAAGACGCCUUGAUCCUCGAGAGUUCCUUGGAAGUCAUAGACACUGUAGCCACCCUUAAGGAGUUGGGAGGAACCAAGAAACGCAAGCCAAGGAACAGGAGGAAGAAGGUGGAUAAGGAGGACAAAGGGGCAAAGGUCACGGAUCGUACCAAAGACAGUUCUGUAGGGGAGGAUGAUUCAAGAAAGGUGGCUGGAACAUCUGACUUUGGAACAGCUGACAUGGAAAAGGAGAUUAAGAGAUUGGAGAAAGAGUUGGCAGAGAGGCAAUUGAGAAACACUCUGUUCACAUGUUGUAAGGCUGGCGAUGCCGACAGUCUUCACAAACUUCUCAAACAUCUGAUCGUUUCUAAUGACGCCAGCACGGACUGCAAUCUUACAGCAGGCACGUCUGCAACCUCAGUACAACAACAACAACAACAUUUGCAGGGCGAUUCUGCCAAUACAACAACUCUAAACAGCACCUUACCAAACCAAGACAACAUGCAGACUUUGCCAGAAAAAUCUACCUCUGAAGAAGAAACUGUACAAGACCAAGAAACAGACAGUUCCUCUAUGUCUACGUGUAUUUCUGACAAGACUGAAACAGAAGAUGGUACACCAUUCCCUGGUGCAGUGUGUGUGGUUACACCUGACAUGUUGAUAGAGUCUCUAGAUGACCAUGGAUCUACCCUACUGCAUGUAGCUGCCAGGGCUGGAAGUAAAGCUGUGAUCAGUCUGCUGAUGGGUGCUGGGGCCGACCCUUCUGUCAAAGACAAGAAGGGCCGGCCCCCCUAUGUGGUGUGCAGUAGUAAGGAGGUCAGGAACGAGUUCCGCCGGUUCAUGGGAGAAAACCCUGACAGAUACGACUAUGGCAAGGCACAGAUCCCAGCACCUCUGACAGUAGAGAUGGAGGAAACCAGAGCUGCCAAGCAGGCCGAGAAAAGGAAGGCACAGAAGAUGGCCAAGAAGAAGAGGGACCAGGAAGAGAGGGAAGAGAGGAUAAAGAGAGAAAAGGAGGAGGCAGAGAAGACCAGAUUUGCUUCUCUUAGUGACAGAGAAAAGAGAGCACUGGCUGCUGAAAGAAGACUGGCUCAACUGGGUCAAGACACCACAGGGCUUAGUAAUGCAAAUCGUUGCUGGGCCUGUGGUGAAACCCUGUUCGGCAAGGUUCCCUUCGAGUACCAGGACUUCAAAUUCUGCUCCAUGAAGUGCUUGAAAGAGCACAAAAAGAGCACAACUGGGGGAAACAGCUGA